AUAGAGCAUUCUUGUGUGUGUCUGUUCUGAGUAAGUGUCUGGAUUGCUUUGCGUGUUUCAGAUAAUGGCUGCUCACGGCCAAGGCCGCUCUGCCGGUGGCUCCUCUCCAUUGAGGGAGCAACACCGCAGAGGACAUCCCGGAGGACAAGAACCUAGAGGGGCUCAACGCCUGUGGUGCGACUACACCAAGCGGAUCUGGUAUGUGGAUUGGGUCUGUCAGCACGCCUCCGAACCUUUGAAACCUCCCUGCGGGCCAGUUCUGUUCCUCGACGGCGGCAAUAUGAUUCGCCUCCUAGGGUCCGUCGUCAAUUGGACUGAAGCUGGCUCUGACAUUUUUCGAUUUACCUUGCGGAAGCUUUACCGAAGCGAUGGGUCCGUCGACCAGGCGGGAGUGGGAUGCAAUGUCUCGGGGACGAUGUUCGGGGGUUACGGCCAGCGCGCGAUGGCCUUGCCGUUCUUUGCUCCCUACGCGCCAGGCCACGACGAGACCGUUCACGUGAAGGACUUCUUCGAGGUCUGCUCGCGUACAAUCAGACCUGAAGAUGUCAUCGAUGUGGACCCCGGGACGUCGUUCAGUGGUCCUGUUGGGUUCCCGCGCUCUGACCCUGACGGAGGCGAGAGUGUACUGUCAAUCACGCCUCCCGAUCCCCCUCAAGGCAUGUCAGAUGACUCGGAGGACGAGCAUGCGUGUGCGCCCGUGAAAUCUGGGGUGCAGGGGUCUCGCCGACAGGGUUUGCUUGGAGAGUCGGCAGUCUCGACGUCGGUUGGAGGCAGUGUCCGUGAACGGUUGGAAAGGGCCUCCGGAGCAAGAGUGAUGGUCGGUUCGGCAGGUGCGCGGGGCAGAGGAGACAACACGGGCGACACACCCCCUGCAAUUGCAUGUCGAGACAGAGCCGGGGCAAUACCGACAGUCAGGAAGAGGGUGGGAGGGGGGGAAGACACGCCGAAAGAGUCCUCCACAAGGCGAAAGACCGGUGAGUCUUCCGGGAAGAGGUUGCAGUCGGCAAAGGACAAGAGAGCAGAUGAGGGCGACACCGGUGAAGGGGCUGAAGACGUGGAAUUAAACCUCAACGCAUUUAACAUCGAGAAAGCCUUCUUCCUGGAGAUGAAGACGGGGGUGCAGAAGGACGUCGUGUUGCACAUCCAUCCGGAAAGAGUUUUGCAUAUUCCAGAGUGGGAAGACGCGUACAACCACCGGUCCUUGGACGAUUUUCUCGUCGACACCAUCGCGGCUGCUAUGGUCGACUGCUACAACCGUCAAGACAUGAGAUAUACGAAGCCCACUUUCGUUCUGGCCCCCAUCGUCGCGCCACCGGAACAGGGCAAGCCAGUUGUGCGUGUGCUGCCUCAAGACUUCGAUGCGACCCACCCCGAGAAGUACUGGUAUUAUCAUGUCUGUGGUCAGCAUAACGCGAGGGCGGCGAUGAAGGUGAUAGACCAUCCGGUUUUCAAUUACUACACCUUCUACGAGUGGCCCUUCAGACCAAUUUACUUCACUGACGAGGAAUUCGACGGCUACGCCCAUGUCAGCUGCGAAGACAACCUGAAAGACAAGAAGAAUCCGCCGAGGUUGCAGAGUUUGUGCAUGCGGGACAUUCGUAAUAUAUGGAAAAUUAGGGGUCAACCACGUGUCGUGCUCGGCAAUGUGUCGAAGAAACAGGAGGAGAAGUUCUACGAGGAGUGGUCGAAAGGAAAACUUUUGGCUUCCAACGGCCGACGUUGGACCGAAAAGCGACCGACCCACGAAGCGGUGGCCAAGCCUGGACUGUCGACUAUCACCGACAGCCAGGGAUUAAAGAAACACGUCUGGUACGUCAGGGUGGAAGACCCGUCGUUGAGAAAGGGCAAGGGCAAGGCCAAGAAAGGCGGAGAGGAGAAAACGUACUACGUCCAAGUUCCUGAGCCCGAUGUCCACUGCUGGAAGGAAUUGGCAGACUUGACGGACCGCGAGAAGAGGAGGUUGUUGAAAGACGUCUUGAACGUGAACAUCGUGUGGGUUCAAGGGAGUAACAAGAAAUUGGCAAAGCAGGGGAAGUUCAGUGUCAAGGAGAUGGUCGACAGGAUUAUGCUGAGGUUGUGGCACUAUGUUGAGUUCGAGUACGAGGACAUGCCCAAGGAGCAGUGGAAUGUCAGGAGCUCGUUCUUCAGGUCCAAGCGAAAGUUGUUCGAAGAGUACGCGGACAAAGGUCUUGACGACAAACUCUGGAACGAGAGCAGGAAGUUCUUCACCGACAAUGCCUACGUCAACAAGUGCCCUCAGUUUUUUUAGGGUGUCCACACGAAGUCAACGUCAAGAAGACCGUCGCCCUCGUGAGCGACGAACAUUUUCCACU